CACCGCGCAUCCCGACCCUCAAGGCCGAGGCUUCCGAGUUUCCAGAAAGGCAGAGGACAGAAUUCUAACUUACUGGAAGGUGGAUCCAACCGCGUCUCCGCAGGUCACCGGGGCCGCCAACAGCCUUUCGGCGUGGAAAUCCACUCAGGGGGCUCCGGGCGCGUGCCGGGGCCCAUCCUCGCUCGCGGCCCCUCGCUGGUCCUCCGGGUCCCGGCCGCCUGGAGUCCGCCCGGCCCGCGGGCCCAUGUGCUCGGCGGCCGCACGCGCUCGGCCCGCUGGAGCGCGGGGCUGGAGGGCGGCCCGUGACGUCACGGCGGCUCGCGCUCCGGGCUGCGGGGGAGGGGAAAGCGCGCGCCGCCCGACUGGCCGCGUGCGUCCUCGGCCCCAGCGCUGCCCGCGCCCCCGAGCUCCCCGCCGCCCGGCCCGCCGCCCCGCGAGCCCCUCCGCCCGCGGCCGGAGCGGCUCGGGGCAUCUUGCCGCGGAGGGCCGCGCCGGAGGCGGGGAGGGCCUGGGCCGCCGGGGGCCCAGAUGGCGCGGGGAGGGCACGCGCCGCACCGGGCUGCGGGUCCUGGCCGCGCUCGCGCCGCGGCCUGAGGGAGCCAGCUCGAACCCCGUGGUGAUGCCCAUUCACUUGCGUGCAGCGGUUUCAGCAGUCCUGCUCUCUGUCUCCCGCCCCGCCCCCAGGGGUCCUGGAGGCAGAGAGUCUUCCCACUUGCCAGAUGGAGAAGGCGAGUUCACUGAAAUAGGUGAACUAAGAUCCUCUGAGAUGGGAGCACUUCGCGCAGAAGACCCCUGGCUUAGCUCUAUCCCUAGUGAUCUGGACGCCUCCUUGGGUACCACCAGCAUCUGCGGGCCUGAGCCCAGGACCGGACCGAAGCAAGGAGCUGUCUCCGUUCAGUUCAUCAUCUAUGGAGCACUUAGGGGAACCAGGCGCCCUGCUAGGCGAUGGGGACACAAGCCGUAGAAGGAGGUCACAGUCCGGUGAAAAGAUAGACACACAAGUGUGUGAUUUCAACAUUAUGGAAGCGAAGGCUGCCUCUCUGUCCCCCACCCAGUGCCUUACCUCCCGUAUCAUUUUAACCCACCCAGCGGCCUUAGGCCCCUCCCUCCCUC